GCGAUCAACCGACUGCUUCAUUUCAACUUUUACCAGAGGGACCUAGUCCCUCCACAGCGACCAAUCGACCCUACACUCAUUCGGGCCGAUUGAUGAAAAGUCAGCGCAUCUUCCACGCCAACCUGUGCAGCAUAUGCGCAUGCUCAGGCUUGGAAGUGCCGUCAAACAACACCCACCCACAUUCUUUACUUGACCAAUCAUUUGCAUUACUCUUUAGAGGCAUGGAAGAUUGGAGUUCGUGCGAGGAGGACGGCAUGGGAAUUUGGACGGAGGAAAAGCAUGGAGGAUAGUGGAUUGAGACAUUGAUGGUAUACGGCCGAGAGAGGCCCUUGGGG